CCUUCAAAGCCAAGAAGAUGGCUGAGUACCCAACCAUUGAGGCGGACCCUGGCCUCAUGCACCUUUCUACUGGCGAUUCCGAUGACGACGGUGAUAAGAAGAACCAGACAGGUGAGGCCAAGGGGAGGGGAGAGGGACGGGGGUGGGGAGAGGGAGAGAAGAUGGCUGAGUACCCAACCAUUGAGGCAAACGCUGACCUCGUGCACCUUUCUACUGGUGAUUCCGACGAUGAGGGCGACAAGAACAAGACAGGUGAGGGGCCCUUCUCCCUCGCGCGCCUGCGCGGCUGGCUGCCCCUCAACGUGUUCCCCGCUGACCUGCGCGUGUGGCGCGUGGGGGAGGGGCAGGAGGCGGGAGUGCUGCUGGCGGAGGUGGCAGAGGGGAAGAUGGAUGCGUUUGCGAGGGAGAAACAGCAGUUCUGGACUGCUGCUGGUGCCGCUGUUGGUGCUGGCGGUAGUGGCGGAACGGGGCUGGCAGCAGCGGGAAUCGGGCCAGUAGCAGUAGGGGCAGUGGGGCCAGCCGGGGCAGUAGCAGGCACAGCAAGCGGAGCAGCUUUUAGUGUGUCAAGCAGUGGGGUGGGGGGACCUGUGGCACCCCAAUUCUCCCAAAUUCCCCAGGUUACUCAUUCCCCUCACGUUCCUCAUGCCCCUCACGUUCCUCAUGCCCCUCAUGCUCCUCAGACGUAUGGUGGCAUGGAACAGCAAGGCACACCCGUUGGCGCUGGGGUUACUGCUGCUGGUGGGGCAGCAGGAGCAGCAGGAAUGGGGAGUGCAGGAGAUGAUGGUGUGGGGGCAAAGGAGAAGGUAGCGGUCAUGGCGCCGACGUCGCGACAUGGAGGAGGCAGUCCACGUGGCGGCAGUCCACGUAGAGGCAGUCCACGUGGCGACACGGAGAGCGUCGCACAUGCGUUUCGCGAAUGCGUGGACGACCCCGUGCGAGGCGUGCGACGGCUGGCGACGAGCCACGCGGCGAUGCAGGUGCAGCGCUGGGCGAUGCUUUCGUACGAGACGGCGAAGAACAAUGUCGGGGCCGUCUGGCGCAAGUACCAAAGCGGGGAGCUCUUUAGCGCGAACACGCUCGAAUCGGUGAAAACAUUCGGUCAUGACCUACUCGCCAGGGCACACGUGCAGGCGGGCAGGGCACACCUCUUCUGCGUGCACUCCCUCUCACGCCUCCCUCCCCCACUCGUCGCUCCCCUCCUCUCCUCUCUCACUCUCCUCCUCCUCUCUCCUCCUCUGGUCCUCCCUCCACUCCCCCACCACCCAAGUCUCCCACUUUGCCCCUCCCUCCUCCCCCUUUUCCUCCCUCUCCACCCACUCCUCCUCCGCUCUCACCGCUCUCAACCCAUCAUCAAGCAUCUUCACCGCAUGCCAGGAGCUGCUAGCAGCACAUGGCAGGGCACUGCCGAUGCUGUGGCUGACGAGGCUCGGCAUGCACGGGAGUGGCAGGUUCGGGACGCGGCGAAGUACAGGUGGAGGGUGCACAGGAGGUGCGGGCGGUGGGGUGCGGUGGAGAGGGGUGAGCUGGCACGAAGGCUGGCGGGGCGGAGGGUGCUGAUGGUGGGGGAUGAGACGAGUGCCAUGCUCUUCCUGUCCCUCCGCAACCACAUGCUCAUGCCGGGAGCGGGAGGGACGGGGGGAGGAGGAGCAGGGGGAGGAGGGGGGAGUGGAAGGGGCGGAGGAGGGGGUGGGUACGAGGGGUUGGAGCAUCGGAUCAUGGUGCGGGAUGAGGUGCCGGAUUUCUGUGCCAGGCUGGACCUGAGGCAGCAGCAGGACUUUCCUGUCUGCACCCAAUUCACGUUCGGCGACUCCGCGUCUGUCCUCUUCGUUCGGGACGACGUCCUCCGAACCUCGCCGCCCAAUACCGACCCUGCAGCUCAGGAUCCGGCUGCCGGACCUGCGGACGCAUCGACCCUCUCGUUGCCCUGGUUCGACCAGAUCAAGCCUAGCGGCAACAACGGCAGCAGUAACAGCGACAUUUCCGUGCUAAUACUGAAUCGCGGAUCGCACUUUGUGGAGGAUGACAGGUUUAUUUCUCAACUGAACGAAACCCUCUUCAAAGUGAGAGCAGCAGCACCGGACCUCCUCAUAAUCUACCGAAGCACGCCGCCCGGCCACGCCCACUGCGACCAGCUGCUUGCACCAAUCGCAGAGCGCCAGGAUCCUUCUGUUUUACCCAACCACUGGGGGGAGUUUGCCGCCCAAAACGAGUGGGCGAAGCGGCUGGUAAGGGCAGUUGGGGGCGUGUUCCUGGAUGUUGACCCUAUGACCGCUUUGAGGCCUGAUGGGCACAUUCGGCCACCAUCUGACUGCCUGCAAUAUUGCCUGCCUGGACCUCCCGAUGAGUGGACCAGAUUGCUGUAUCACAUGCUGUUGGACUUGCUUUGA